ACUCUAAGCUCUGUUUUAUUACAAAAAAAAUAAACUUUGAUUAAACAAAAUCGAUGAACUAAUACAAAAGUUACAAGCAUUCAAGUAAAUAUAUCCAUAUAGUAAAACUUAAGUACCCUACAAAUAAUAGCAUGUGUACAUAUAAUUCUUAAACUAUCUAUUUAGGCGACAUAUGAAAUUUAUUACACCAAUGAAGUGGAGGGAACCAACUUGCCAUUCAACGGACUGCUAUAUUUGUACUACAAAAGUAUUUGGGGUAGGAAAGUCUAGAAAAGUAACCUAUGCGAGCAUAUCUACAGUGUCAUUACCAGAACUAAAUUCAACGGAAGCUACAUUGCCAGAAUCAAAUUUAACUUUAGUUUCGGCUCCAGUUUCAUUAUCAACAGCAGUAUCUGAUUACGCGGCAUCAUGUUGUACUGAAUUGCAAACGGAAAACGAAAGAAACCCUUUGUCACAAGCACAACUCACUGAUUGGAUAAGGGAUUUGGAAUUGUCAAAAGAAAAGGCCGAACUACAUGCCCCUCGUAUGCAACAAUUUAAAUUUGUUUCAUCCGAUGUUAAGGUAACAUAUUAUAGGACUCGUCACGAACAAUUCUCCCAGCACUAUACGAAGAAGGACAGUGUUUGUUAUUGCAAAAACAUUGCUGGUCUAUUUAAACAGUUUGGUAAACCAUAUGAUUCAAAAGAGUGGCGAUUGUUCAUAGACGGCAAUUAAGGCUGUAUUAUUGCAUAUUGGCAACCAAAAGCCAUCUAUCCCGAUCGCGCAUGCAGUAAAUACGAAGGAAACAUAUGAGACAAUGCAAAAAUUGCUUAAAUUAAUUAAAUACGAAGAACAUGAUUGGAAAGCUAUGUGGUCUACAAUCUGGAUACACAAAAUACUGUUGCUUUCUAUGCAAAUGGGAUAGCCGAGCACGUCAAGACCACUACAUCAUAAAGGAUUGGCCAGAACGAAUCGAGUUUCAAGUUGGGGUGGAUAACAUAAAAUACUCACCACUUAUAAAAAAGGAAAAAAUAAUUCUACCUCCACUCCACAUCAAGCUCAGCCUUAUCAAAAACUUUGUCAAGGCUUUGGACAAAGAAGGCGAAGCUUUUCAUUAUUUGAAAACAAUCUUUCCACAGAUUUCAGAAGCAAAAAUAUAGGAAGGGAUUUUUGUGGGGCCGCGAAUAAGGAAAAUAAUGGCCAAUACCCAUUUCAAAGAACUAUUGUCACCAGUGGAGGCAGCAGCGUGGGACUCUUUUGAAAAGGUCGUUACUUCUUUUUUAGGCAAACACAAAAGUCCUAACUUCGAGCUGAUACUGAACGAUUUAAUCAAAAACUAUGCGGAAAUGGGAGUAAAUAUGUCUUUCAAAAUUCAUUUUCUGCACUCCCAUUUAAAUUUUUUCCCGAAAAAUCUUAGCGACGAAAGCGACGAGCAUGGCGAAAGGUUUCACCAGCAAAUGAAAAUGAUUGAAAGUCGGUAUCAAGGAUUCUGGGAUGUCGCUAUGAUGGGUGACUACUGUUGGUUUCUCAUAAGAGAAACCGAUCCUUAUAUAAAUAAGCGUCAAAACAAGACACAUAACUUUUUCAAUUAUAAAAUAAGAUCAUAGAGUUAAGACAGAGUCAUAUGUACAUAUGCUAUUAUUUGUAGGGUACUUAAGUUUUACUAUAUGGAUAUAUUUACUUGAAUGCUUGUAACUUUUGUAUUAGUUCAUCGAUUUUGUUUAAUCAAAGUUUAUUUUUUUUGUAAUAAAACAGAGCUUAGAGUGAAAACAAAAAAUACACGAAAAAGUAAACAGUUUUCGAGAUCCUUUCUCUCAAAGUACAAAUUUUUUUAUAUUUUUACAAAAAAAAUUUAAAAAAUCCGUUAUGAUAGUUCGUUAUCUUUAAAUCUGCAGGACCUAGCAGAAAGUGUUUUACACACAGUUUAUAGCAAAUUUUAUUACCUUUUAAAAGCUUUAAACGGUUUUGGAAUCGCUCAAUUCGUUUUCGAGAUAUAUAUGAUUAAGUGGGCCCAAUUUUUUGUUUUUUUGAAAUAACGGUAAUUCGUAAAUAUCUCAAAAACGUUACCAUAGAAUAAAAAAUAACCUUGAUUUUCGGAAUCAGACGGUGAUUU